AUGACGUUCGCGAUCGUUACGAAAGUAGCUUUUGGGGAUACUUGUAAAGAUCAAGAGGCGUUUAUUUCCGUUGCGAAGGAGAUGGUGACGAUGGUUCGGCUUCAGGGUUUCUCCGUCAACGAUAUGUUUCCUUCACAGAAGUGGCUUGAUGUGAUCACCGGCGAGAGACGGAGAUUCAAGGAGAUUCACCGGAAAUGUGACGCGCUCCUUCAGAAGUUCGUCGACGAGCGAGUGUCAAGGAGUAGGGACGAAGAUGGAACAGAUCAGAGUCUUCUGUGUGAUCUUUUGUACUUGAGAGAUGACAGUGGAUCAGAAGGAUUAUCUCGCGUGACCAUCAACAACGACAAAGCCGUGAUUCUGGACGUGUUCAUUGCUGGAACCGAUUCAUCGUUGACACUGUUGCAAUACGCAGUUCUGGAAUUGCUAAGAAACCCAGGACUGCUAAAGAGGGCACAAGCAGAAGUGAGACAAGUGUCCAACAAACAAGGUCAUGUGAGAGAAGAAGAGCUUGAUGAACUCAAGUAA